GUCAUGUUGUUUUUAAAAAGUUAAAAUAAAAUGUCUAUUUAUCAACUAAUCCAUUGAUAAUUAUGUUUGGAAAUUGAAUACUAAUUAUCUACAAUUAAAUAGAAAAAUAAAAUAUGAUGUUUUUUUUAGUUAAAUAAUUAAAAUGAUUCAUCAAUGAUUCAAUACACAAAUAUACACACACACAUCACACACAACAAGUUUUGUCGUUGUGUUUUUUAUAAAUGAAAACAACAUUUUAGAACAUAUAAAAAAAUGAUUAGAUAAACAAAUCUUCAGUAAACUAAUGUGAUAUAUAUUUUUAUGUAUGAUACAACUAAUGUCAAAUGUUAUAAUAAAUUAAUAGUAAUAGAUAAUAUAAAAAACAAGAAGAAAUAUAUGUGAAAUAUCAGCAAUGUUUCACUAUCUUUGCUCUACAGUCAAUAUAUCUCCAGGAAUCAUGAAAUUAUAACGAAUCCUCAUACCACAAAAAGAAGAAGACAAUAAUUAUUAUGAUACCAAGAGGACUAUGGAUUAUAUUUUUGGGACUGUUUUUAGUUGCAGCAAAAAAUUCAAUAGACUAUGAUUAUUUUAAUGUUGAUUUAAGCAACACAACAUCAACAACAUGUAACACAACAAAUACUCCAAAUGUCAAAAUAGAAUUUUCAUCAACAAUUAUUAAAAAUGAGUAUAUCGUUGCAUUUGAAGAUUAUUAUAAAUCAAGUACACGUAAAAAUUAUAUUGAAGCUGCUUUAACAUCUUCAGGUAUUAUUAAUUGGCGUAUAUUACCUAGAAAUAAUCCAGCUAGUGAUUAUCCAAGUGAUUUCGAUGUUGUAUCACUUGAUGAAGCAUCAAAAAAAUAUGGUUUAUUAGCUCUAAAUAAACAUCCAAUGAUAAAAAAAAUAACACCACAUAGACUUGUAAAAAGAAGUCUUAAAUAUAUUAAUUCAAGUGAUAUCAAUGAUUUACCAGAAUAUAAUAAAUAUUCAAGUCGUAAUAUUAAUAGUGCUAAUAAACAAUUUUGGCAAUCAUCAAAUCUUCAUACAUCAAGACGUUUAUUUCGUGCAAUACCACGUCAAAUAACAAGUAUUCUUCAAGCUGAUGAAUUAUGGAAACGUGGUGUUAGUGGUGAUGGUGUAAAAGUUGCUAUUUUUGAUACUGGUCUUGCUGCUCAUCAUUCACAUUUUAAAAAAAUUAAAGAACGUACAAAUUGGACAAAUGAAAAAACAUUAGAUGAUGGUCUUGGUCAUGGUACAUUUGUUGCUGGUUUAAUAGCAUCAUCAUCACGUGAAUGUCUUGGUUUUGCACCAGAUGCUGAGCUAUAUAUAUUUCGUGUAUUUACAAAUAAACAAGUAUCAUAUACAUCAUGGUUUCUUGAUGCAUUUAAUUAUGCUAUAUUAUCAAAAGUUCAUGUACUUAAUUUAAGUAUUGGUGGACCAGAUUUUAUGGAUCAUCCAUUUGUUGAUAAAGUAUGGGAAUUAACAGCAAAUGGUGUUAUAAUGGUAUCGGCAAUUGGAAAUGAUGGACCAUUAUAUGGUACACAUAAUAAUCCAGCUGAUCAAAUGGAUGUUAUUGGAGUUGGUGGAAUAAAUUGGGAAGAUCAAAUUGCACGUUUUUCAUCACGUGGUAUGACAACUUGGGAGCUACCAAAUGGCUAUGGUCGUGUUAAACCUGAUUUAGUAACAUAUGGAUCUAGUGUAAGAGGUUCAGCACUUGAAGGUGAAUGUCGUACUUUAUCAGGUACAUCAGUUGCAAGUCCAGUUGUUGCUGGUGCUGUUGCAUUACUUGCAAGUGGUUUUAUUAAUCCAGAUAAUAAUUCAUCAAUAAUAAAUAGUAAAAUAACACCAGCAAGUAUGAAACAAGCUUUAUUAGCAUCAGCACAACGUCUUCCUGGUGUUGGUAUGUUUGAACAAGGUGCUGGUAAAUUAAAUUUAUUAAGGGCAUAUCAAUAUUUAAGCCAAUAUACACCAACAGCAACAUUAUCACCAAAUUAUAUUGAUUUAACUGAGUGUCAAUAUAUGUGGCCUUAUUGUACACAAGCAAUUUAUUAUUCUGGUAUGCCAACAAUUAUAAAUGUUACAAUAAUAAAUGGUCUUGGUGUAUCUGGACAUGUUGAUAAAGUCACUUGGCAUCCUUAUACAAAUGAUGGAUAUGGAGAAAAAAUUAAUAUUGCAUUAACAUAUUCUGAUGUAUUGUGGCCUUGGUCAGGAUGGCUUGCUGUAUCAAUAACUGUACCAGAUGAUGCUGCUGAUUGGCAAGGUAUUUCACAGGGUCAUAUUACAUUGAGUAUUGAAUCACCUCCUGGUGAGGGUGAACAACAACCAAGAAAAUCAAUUAUUGAUUUACCAUUAAAAGUUAAAGUUAUACCAACACCACCAAGACAAAAAAGAAUACUUUGGGAUCAAUUUCAUAAUUUAAGAUAUCCACCUGGUUAUUUUCCACGUGAUGAUUUACAAGCUAAAAAUGAUCCAUUAGAUUGGAAUGGUGAUCAUAUACAUACAAAUUUCAAGGAUAUGUAUCAACAUUUAAGAAAUAAUGGAUAUUAUCUUGAGGUACUUGGUACACCAUUCACAUGUUUUCAAGCAAAUAAUUAUGGUACAUUAUUAAUUGUUGAUUCUGAGGAAGAAUUUUUUCCUGAAGAAAUUAUAAAGCUUAAAAAAGACGUUGAAGAAGAGGGUUUAUCUGUUGUUAUAUUUGCUGAUUGGUAUAAUGUAACUGUCAUGAAAAAAGUUACAUUUUAUGAUGAAAAUACUGGUGAAUGGUGGAUACCAGAUACUGGUGGUGCUAAUAUUCCUGCAUUGAAUGAUCUUUUAUUAGAUAAUUGGGGUAUUGCACUUGGUGAUUCAGUUAGAAAUGGACAAUUUACACUUGGUGAAAAUAAACAAGUUAAUUAUGCAUCAGGAACAACAAUUGUUAAAUUUCCAGAUGAUGGAACAUUAUUACAUGUUAAAUUACAUGAUCAAGGUGAUGAUAUAUUAACUGGUAAAGAUACUGGUCAAUUAAAUUAUGUUCCUGUUCUCGGUUUUUAUCAAACAAAAUAUGAAUUUAUAGAUGAAAAUAAACAAGAAUAUAUUGAUAAUACUAAUGAUAAUAAAGAAAAAAUUGGUACAUUAUUAGAUAAUUUACCAGGACGUUUAGUUAUUUAUGGUGAUUCAAAUUGUAUUGAUGAUGCACAUCUUAAAAAACCAUCAUGUUUUUGGAUGCUUGAUGCUAUAUUAGAAUAUACAAUAACUGGUCAUAUACCAACAAUAAUAUUAGAAGAAAAUUUAAAACAAAAAAAUGAAGAUAUUAAUUUAAUAAAAUUUAAUAUUGAAGAAUUACCAAAGAGAAUGAAAGAUAAUCAUUUAAAUCGACACAGUAAAGUUAUUCAAGCUGAAAAUUCAGAUGGUACUUUACAAUUUCGAUCACUUUCUGAUUGUCCAGUGACAAUAUUUGCUCAACAAAUUCCUUUAAAUGAAACAACACCAACAAAAUUAUAUAAAAUUCAACAAUUUACAUCGGUCAAAGAUUUUUUAUCUGGACCUGAUGCAUUACCAGUAAUUGGUGAUGAUUCAACAUGGAUUAGAAGACGUGGUGGUGGACUUAAUAAUCAAAUACCAGUUGAUUUAGAUAUAACAUUAAAUAAUGACAAAGAAAUUAAUAAUAAUUAUCAAUUUUUUAAUUUACGUUAUUGGAGUUUUAAUAUUGGUAUUAUAUUAAUUAUAAUAUUGUUAAUAAUGAUUUUUAAACAAUGGAUCUUUUGCGGGACAAAGAGACCAGCUAGACGAAAAAGAACAAUUGGAAGAAUUCAACGAGUUAUUCAGGCUAUUACUAAUUAUCGAGUGCCUCAAAUAUAAAUGAUAAAUUUGUUAUUUUUUUUAAUUUUUUUUUUUUCACUUUAAUAAGUAUAAAUGCAAUUUUUUUUCUAUUUAAAUUUAGGUAGUUUUUAUUAUAAUAAUUAAAUUAAUAUUAUUUAAUUUUUAUCAAAAAGAAAAAAAAUAAUAAUAUACAGGUUUCGAUGAAACAAAAAAAUCCAUACACUUUACAUAAUUUAUAUUUUAUAUUGAGAAAAGAACAAAAAAAAUUUGUAUUAUUUAAACCUUUAAUUAUUAAUCAAUUAUGUCGAUUGAAAAUACAAUGAAAAUUUUAAUAAAUUAUUUUUCUGUUAUAAAAAAAGAAU